CAAGAUAAGAAGAUGAUUGAUCCCAAUGAGAUAUGGAGUUUCUGCUUCUGUCCCUCCGCCUUCCAAAAUUGAACAAACAUGGCCUUGCGAGUCCACCCUACGAGCCUGACCCGUGCUGUCCUUCUCCCUUAUCACUGCUCCCGCUCUAGCCUCUCCAACAUCCCCCAUUUCCAAACCCUUGGCCUAAAACGCCGAAGCUUUCGGUCUCGGAGACUCAAGGCGCUUCCCCGGAGAUCGCGCUCCCCAACGAUAACUGCAGCUCUUCCUCCCCUAGAUUUAACCGAGGACAACAUCCGCCAGGUCCUAAUCGACGCUAGAUCAGAGUUGGCACAGAUAUUUGAUUCCUCAGUCGGCAUAACAGGUGAAGUUGAUCUUGCUGAUUUAGAUGGUCCCUUCGUUAAGCUUAGACUUAAAGGUCGGUUUUGGCAUCAGCGAGCUAUAGUUCUAGCACGGCUUGGUAAUUAUCUCAAGAAUAGGAUCCCGGAAAUUUUGGAGGUGGAUAUUGAAGAUGAGAAGCAACUAGACGACAGUCCAGAAAAUUUUUGAGAUUUCGGUAUAUUCCAUCAGAAAAGAUGGAGCAGCUUGUGAGGUGGAAGACUGCAAUUAUUGAUCAAGGGAAAUAUCAGAUUAUCUAUUAGAUACUCUUUUUGGUGAAUCCUAUUAUGUUGAGCUGUUUCGUCAUGUAAUUCUCAUCAAAGAGAUAUGUGCGUGCAAAGUGAAGUCCAUGGGAUCUGUUAACAUAUGCUGUAAAGUACAUGCUAGUAUGCUGUACAUCAAACCUGAGAAGUAUUGCUUAAUGACUAACCAUGUUGUGUUUUUUAUAUGUUUUGACAGCAGCUGGUAUCCAAGUGGAUAAGUAAAACAAACCUUAUUGAUCCUUGUAUUCCUGAAAGCUUCACGGAAUUAAGAAAUUUAGUUGAUUGGUUCCAUUUUACGGCUAUCCAUGGAGAAUGGUAAAUUAAUACAAGCUGAAAAAAAGGGAAUUUAGGUGCGCUGAAGGAACUAAAGUAUGAAUCAAAACCUCGCGUACUGAAGAAGAAAGGCCUAUUACUUUUCCUGUUGAGGAAAGGCCUAUUACUUUAAGAUGGAAAGAAAGCCCAGUAAAGUUCCUUCCAUAUGAUAAAGAACUGACUCUGAAUAUCUGGGCCUUGUGUAUGUUGUCAUUUUGUCUAGAAAACUUGUUUUAUUUUUUGACCACCAGCCAGGAAAAAUUUGUGGUACAAAGAAAAAGCUGAGCUUUUCAUGUUAUGCGGUUAUGCAUCA